GUGACGCGGAAAGCGGAAUAAAUAUAAAUGCAGAGAAAUAAUAUCUAAAUUCUUGAUUGAUGAUUUUGAAUGAGCCAUGGACUUCCAGAGCGUGAAUCCUUUAAAUAUUCGACUGAACUUAUUCUCGGGCAAUUUAUUGCCCAUGACCAGCUAUGAUUCAUCUUAUCCCUUAUUCUGGAAAAUGUAUGGGAUCUUCGUGUGGCUGCUUGAGUUUAUCAUAGGUGCCGCAUUAAUUCCAGGAUGCAUGUUCGUAUCGACGGAGAAAUUUCUAAAGGACGGCAUGAUUUGCAUUGCAAUCUUCGUAGAAAUGUCCUUCUUGAUCGCGCGAAUUUAUAUUUGUAAAGAUGUGGUUUAUCAAUUGAUUCAAAAGUUGAAUGACAUUUUGCACACUGCUGACGAGACCAUGAAGAGUGUGGUGAUCGCGACUUUGAAGCCGGUGGAAACUCCGCUCAACUUCUACUGGUUGGCCGGCGUAGCUGCGAUAAUAGCUUGGGCUUCUAUGCCGCUUGUAUUAGUAUUCGAGAAGAAUAUCUUCUAUUACGAAGAUUAUAGAAUACCUGCCGCUUUCUCGAAGCAGCCAUUCUCACUCGACAUGUUUCUGCUGGGAAGUUUGUUUCUAAUAUUCAGCGCCGUAUAUAUGUUUUUAAAGAAAGUCGGUGUGGAUGUAUACAUGGUGCAUUUGGUGUUGAUGACAACGGCACAGUAUCGAUAUAUUGCGGUGAAAAUUGCGAUGAUAUUUCAAGAAAAAAUUGAAAAUAACAAAGAACAUUCUUCUAGAUCAGAUCAAAGCAAAGAAAAGGAAAUUAAAAUAUUAUGUCAACAUCACAACACUGUAAUUCAUAUAACUGCACUGCUAAAAGAAUUGCUAUCUUUGAACUUUAGUUUAAUAUACAUGAACAGUGUCUUUCGAUUUUGCUGCCUUGGUAUCAUGGUGAGCAUGGUACCAUCGACAACGUUCUGGGAAGGACUUUCAAUCAUUAUGUACACUUCAGGAGCAGUGGUACAACUUUUUAUCUUAUGUUCUUGUGUGCAACAAUUAUUAGACGCGAGUACAGCAAUAACGGACAAGGCAUUUCACGAAGAUUGGUAUUUACUCAAACCAUCGAUAAAACGUAUAUUUAUUUUAAUAAUUAUGGCGAAUAAUUUAGAAUGCAAACUUGCAACGUUUGAAAAUUUUAAUCUUUCUCUACCUUCAUUUAUGGUGCAAGAUACCUGA